GACUGGCUGGCCUUUGAUCGAGAAUGGGACACGGAUUUGAGAGAGUUUAACGCGCGCCUGUAACACCGAGAAUGACAUUAGUGGCGCGCGCAUCUGUGCGUGCUCGAGCCGCUACCAGCGCACCGACAUACUCCGCGGAAAACGGUGCUCCGAGAAUUGAGAAACUGAGGAUGCACAGAGCCCAUGCUGGUUCAAACACAACGAUCGCGAGCAGCCAAAAUAGUUUCACUUUCAGAGCCACAAUGGAGCCAGUUUCGGCGUCCCUCGCCGCGCGGAAGGGAGGGCGUGCGGCUCACCGAUUGGGGUAAAGUCAUGUUGAACGAUUUAUAUCACAACCUACGUGCAUCAAGAAAGUCCAUUCUGUUCCAAUCGCCAGCAGACAGGCGUGGCUGCCCAAAAUCUUCGACGAAUAGUGAAAAAAUGGGAGGGCACGAGCGAGCUGCGUGAUGUCCUCUCCGAAGGUAGGCUGCAGCGUGUGUUUAUUGAUGAGAUGAAAGAAGAUGGAAGUGAGAAAUGAAACAAAGUAAGGGACAAUAUUAAUAAAGUCAGUCCUUGCCUGGGGAAAGCCGGGAAGCUGUGAAUCCUGUAGCCACUGGACGAGAAAGAGCAGCAGGGCGACUUUGAACAUUCUGCAUGAGGUUAGAUUGUGGCCAGACCGAAAUGAAAUGAGUGGUUACGACUGACCUCUUCCGCUGCACCACCACCACCAGCAACCUGUAGCAUCUAACCAGUGCCUCUCCACCAGCCUGAUACACCCACACCCACAGAACACCAUCAGACUGUGACAUCAGGUGCAAGGGGAUGACCGAACGCAUUCACCACAUUAAUCUCCACAACUUUAGCAAUUCUGUACUUGAGACCCUCAAUGAGCAGCGAAACCGCGGGCACUUCUGUGACGUGACGGUUCGGAUCCACGGAAGCAUGCUGCGAGCUCACCGCUGUGUGCUGGCUGCAGGCAGCCCCUUCUUUCAGGACAAGCUGCUCCUGGGCUACAGUGACAUCGAGAUCCCCUCUGUGGUUUCUGUGCAGUCCGUCCAGAAACUGAUUGACUUCAUGUACAGCGGCGUGCUGCGGGUCUCCCAGUCCGAGGCGCUGCAGAUCCUCACGGCUGCCAGCAUACUUCAGAUCAAGACCGUCAUCGACGAGUGCACCCGCAUUGUUUCGCAGAAUGUGGGCAUCGCUGGACCUGGCAGCUUCUCCGUGGUCCCAGGAGACUCGGGGCAGGAGACGCCUCGGGGAACUCCUGAGUCUGGCACGUCCGGCCCAAGCAGUGAUGCCGAAUCAGGCUACAUGCAAACAUCUCACCAGAGCCUUGACCGCGUUUACUCCUCGCUUUACUCCAGCUGUUCUGGGUUGGGCCUGCAAAACGGUACCCGAGGAAAUCGCUCCCACUAUGCCAGCACCGUGGCGAACGCCAGCUACGACUCGUCCCUUCCACUACAGCAGAAGGAGGGAGGGCAGGACCCUGCCUGGAUCACACGCAUCCACGAGCGCUCGCAACAGAUGGAGCGCUUCCUGGCCACGUCUGAGAGUACACACUGCCGGAAACAGCCUCGUCCCGUCAGGCUCCACACUGGUGACAUUCACAUCAAGCAGGAGCAAGGGGACGAGUACACCUGCUACGGGCUGGAGGACUGCCGCGAGGACGGCGAGCAGCUGGAGUGUGUCGAGAGCGAGCCCAAAGGCGAGAGCUUCGACUCCGGCGUCAGCUCUUCCAUCGGCACAGAAACGGAUUCUGUCGAGCAGCCCUUCUCGUCUGCGUUCGCUCGAGACAACUGUCCGAAUAAAAGCCUGCAAGGUGAGCGGGGAACCCCUGUGCAGAUCGAGGUCAACGAUUCAUCCCCCGAGCAGACCCAAGAGUCGGUGGAAGACGAGAACAGAAACGGUCCUUCUCAAGAGAGUGGCGAGCUCGGACUCCAUCAGCUGCCACAAGCAUCCCAGGCGAUGCCUGGCGGGCCGUACCUGCGGCCAGGUGAGCCACUUACCAGCAACCUGCGGAUGCCCCUCACCCUGACCAGCAACAGCCAGGUAAUGGGAACCGCAGGCAACACGUACUUGCCUACACUCUUCACAACGCAGUCAGCCAGCGACAACAAGCCUUUCCUCUUCAGCCUGCCCCAGUCCAUUGGGAGUCAGCAGCCCCAGUUUGUGGCAGUGCCCUCUCCCAGCAUGCCUCCGUUCCCCGGCGGACUGACCGUGCCACCGGGUGGAAGUCAACAGCAGGGUGGUGCUUCUGUGGGACAGCACGGGGAGAAGAAGCCCUACGCGUGCACUCUUUGUUCCAAGACCUUCACUGCCAAACAAAACUUUGUGAAACACAUGUUUGUGCACACAGGUGAGAAGCCGCACCAGUGCAGUAUCUGCUGGCGUUCGUUCUCGCUGAAGGAUUAUCUCAUCAAACACAUGGUCACACACACAGGUGUCCGAGCGUACCAGUGCAGCAUCUGCAACAAACGCUUCACCCAGAAGAGCUCGCUCAACGUCCAUAUGCGCCUGCACCGUGGAGAGAAGUCUUAUGAGUGCUACAUCUGCAAGAAGAAGUUCUCCCACAAGACCCUGUUGGAGCGCCACAUGGCCCUGCACAGCUCCGAGACCGGGGUCUCCGGGGUCAGUGCCGCAGGGAGCGCCGGAGGCCCCGCGUCCAUCCCGGUGCCCAUGGCUGUUCCCGAGCCAGGAGCAGGAGUGGUGUCUCUCACCAUGCCGGUGGGAGUGGGCGGGGCCGGGGGCGGAGUCGGGGGCGGAGUCGGAAGCAGCGGAGUGAGCGUCGCUGCGGAAGCAAGCUGCCAGGAGGGGACCACCUACAUGUGCUCCGUGUGCCCUGUCAAGUUUGACCAAAUCGAGCACUUCAAUGACCACAUGCGCAAGCAUGUCUCCGAUGGAUAAGUACAAAUUUAAAAAAACCAUGAAAGAAUUCAAUGAUACAGAAAACGGCACUAGAUUUUUUUUUUUUUUCUUAUAUUGGGGCAUGAAGAGUAAUGAGUAUAGACACUGGCACAUUAAGUUUUCUAGAAAAAAAUAAGCGUUUAAUUUCUUUUCUUUCUUUCUUUUUUUUUUUGUCCUUGCUAUUCUUAAAGAAUAAAAAAAGAUGGUGGCCUUAAGGCUGUGUAGUUGGAUGACGAUCCACUGGCUGGAUCCAUACUACUGGCCUCUAAAUGUAUGCUUUCCUUAAAUACUGAUUUAUGUGUUGAACACUACCGAAAGGCCUGCGAAAGAACACACAAGAAAAAAAAAUUCACAUGCGCGCGCACACUCAGACAUACACACGAACACAAAUACACAAAUCCAUGCAUGCACUCACACACACAAACUACUUAUACACACUUAUAUAUGGUAGAGGUAUUUUGUACGUCUGUGUAUUUGUGCAUGUGAGUGUGCGUGUGUGCACAAAAAUAAAUAUUGCAGUGAAUUUUUUAACCUUGUAGAUCUUUUCCCAUGUAGACCGUAUUGGACACUAUAAGCGUCCAAGCUUACUGUGGUAUAGAUUUAACCUAAAAACAAAUAAAAAUGAAAGGAAAGGAAAGGAAAUAAAAAUAAAAAAAGAUUUGGCUCUAGAUUCGUCCUAAAAUAACGAUGGUCACAUGUUUGCCUUUUUUCGUGCGAUAAGCAUAGGAGAGUUGUUCUGAUUUGACACUGGGUUUUUAUUUAUUAUUAUGGCAUUGAGGGAUUAUGAUGUUGAUGUUGUCAAGGUACAAGCCAGUUUUACUAACUGUACUAAAAUGGGAAUUUUUGAGUGGCUUGAUGAAUGAAUGAUGAUUAUGAUUAAGACAUUUUCCUUUUCUCCCGCCCACAUUUUUUUAUUUGAUGGUUCAGGUCAAGUUUACAACAAAAAAAAUAUAUAUAUAUAAAUAUGACAGUAUUCGAGCAAAACCUUUGAAUGCCGUUAAUAAUAAUUUCCAAUUCGUUUUGCAUACACUGCCACUAAGAAGACGACUGUUAGUUGACCUCCUCCGCUUCAAAACGA